AUGGCCGCCUCCCGCACUGCCACCCGCACUCUCCGCGCUCUGCGCACCUCGACUCGCCCUGCGCUCACUGCCGCGCCCCGCGCUGCUUUCCAGCAGGGUGGUCGCCGUCUCUACUCUUCUGAGCCCGCCAAGUCCGGUGGCUCCAACAUCUGGGCUUGGGCUAUCGGUGCCGGUGCUCUCGGUGCCGGCGGUCUGUGGUAUCUCAACCAGGACGGCGCUUCCGCCACCCCCAAGGUUUUCACUCCCAAGUUCGAAGACUACCAGGCCGUCUACAACGAGAUUGCCUCCCGCCUCGAGGAGAAGGAGGACUACGACGAUGGCAGCUACGGCCCCGUCCUCGUCCGUCUCGCUUGGCACGCCAGCGGUACCUACGACAAGGAGACUAAGACUGGUGGCUCCAACGGUGCCACCAUGCGCUUCGCUCCCGAGUCUGACCACGGUGCCAACGCCGGUCUGAAGGCUGCUCGUGACUUCCUCGAGCCCGUCAAGGCCAAGUUCCCUUGGAUCACCUACUCCGAUCUCUGGAUCCUUGGCGGUGUCUGCUCCAUCCAGGAGAUGCUUGGCCCCAACAUCCCCUACCGCCCUGGUCGCCAGGACCGUGAUGCCGCUGCCUGCACUCCCGAUGGCCGUCUUCCUGAUGCCUCCCAGGCCCAGGACCAUCUCCGCAACAUCUUCUACCGCAUGGGCUUCAACGAUCAGGAGAUCGUUGCUCUUUCCGGUGCUCACGCUCUCGGCCGCUGCCACGCAGACCGCUCCGGUUUUGACGGCCCCUGGACCUUCUCCCCCACCGUCUUGACCAACGACUACUACAAGCUCCUCCUCGACGAGAAGUGGCAGUGGAAGAAGUGGAACGGCCCUAAGCAGUAUGAGGAUAAGAAGACCAAGUCCCUCAUGAUGCUCCCCGCCGAUAUGGCCAUCAUCCAGGACAAGAAGUUCAAGCAGUGGGUUGAGAAGUACGCCGCCGACAACGACCUCUUCUUCAAGGACUUCCAAAGCGUCAUUGUUAAGCUCUUCGAGCUUGGUGUUCCCUUCGCCGAGAACUCCGAGCGCUGGGUCUUCAAGCCCCUCAACGCCUAA